AUGUCUGUAGCAUUGCCACACCACUCCAAGUCUUCGGACCAGAGGGUUGUCUACCUGCUGCCAUUGACCGACUACGGCACGCCAGACGUCCCCGGCACGUACAUUUACCUGCCUCCACCAACCAAUCCUGCAUACUCGAUAUGCUUCCAAAUUCAAGGUACCAGCUCAAUAUGUCGGGAGGGCAGUCUUUGGGUGAACAUUCCUGAAAAGGGAAACAAGUUUGAACGCAGCAACUACCGCGAGUACAAACUAGAGCCCAACUUUACGGGCAUGUGUGAGAUCGAGAUUCCUGUAUACGAGGCCAAUGCCUUCUCCUUCUACACAACCUACACACCACUGCCGGAGUGGUCACUUACGGACGUCACGUCACCAGAACCCACGCGUACAGACACAUACUACAUUGAUAUUUGUCCGAGUCUGGAGUUGCAUGGUCAGCACUUGCCGGUCGAGGCUGUCUGCAUCUUCUCUUGCCUGUCCAAGUUCAUGGGGAACUACCCCACAGACUGGGACAACCACCUGCGGGGUAUUAGCGAGCGUGGCUACAACAUGAUCCAUUUCACACCGCUGAUGAUGCGGGGUGAUUCAAAUUCUCCAUACAGCAUAUACGACCAGCUCACAUUCGACGACGCCAUCUUCAAGAAUGGCGAAAAGGAUAUUGCGGAUCUGGUCCGUAAGAUGCACGACAAGUUUAAUUUGCUUGCUAUGACUGAUGUCGUCUGGAACCACACGGCCAACAACAGCAAAUGGCUUGAGGAGCACCCUGAAUCUGGCUACAACGUUGACACGGCACCUCACCUGCGUCCUGCUCUUGAGCUCGAUACAGCCCUGUUGCAGUUUGGCAAAGAGCUCAAAGAGCACGGUCUACCAACCACAUUUGAGAGUGAGGCCGACCUCCUGAAGGUCAUGCAGGGCGUCAAGGACCAUGUCCUCAGCAAGCUUCAGCUCUGGCAAUUCUACGUUGUCGAUGUUGAUCGAGAUACCAAGGCCAUAAUGCAGGCCUGGACAUCCGGCAAAGUCAACUUCGUUGACACCAGCUUCAGUGAAGCAGGCCCUAGCGGGCUUGAUGCAGUCCGAGACUGGCCGUUAAAGCAGAAGGCUGACUGGUUGGUUGAGCAUGCACUGCGUGGUGGUGAUCGAAUGGGCGAACGUUACCGUCGCACAAUGGACCCGAGUAUCGGUGCCAGCCUCCUCUGCGCCUUGUUUGGCCGGUACGACACUAGUACCAGCAAUACGCCAGAUGAUCGUGCAGCACAGGGCACAAUCACGGCCAUUCUCAACGAGGUCAAUCUUCCGUUCUACCGUGAGUAUGACGGAGACCAAGCCGAGAUCUUGGAGCAGCUUUUCAACCGGAUUAAGUACGUCAGGAUAGAUGCCCAUGGACCUAAGCUUGGAGAAGUCAACGACAAAAACCCACUGAUCGAGACAUAUUUUACGCGGCUACCGCUCAACGCAACUACGAAGAAACACAACCCCGAGGCCCUUGCCCUUGUGAACAAUGGUUGGGUUUGGGCGGCGGAUGCGAUGCGCGACAAUGCUGGACCCAAAUCCAGGGCAUAUCUAAGGCGCGAGGUCAUUGUCUGGGGCGAUUGCGUCAAACUUCGAUAUGGAACCGGUCCGGAAGACAACCCGUUUCUCUGGGACCACAUGGCCAAGUACACGCGACUGAUGGCCAAGUACUUUCAGGGUUUCCGAAUUGACAACUGUCACUCUACACCGUUGCAUCUUGCCGAAUACAUGCUUGACCAGGCACGAAGCGUCAAUUCCAACAUUAUGGUUUGCGCUGAACUCUUCACUGGCUCUGAAGAGAUGGAUUACAAAUUCUGUAUGAAGCUCGGCAUCUGCGCGCUCAUUCGGGAGGCUAUGCAAGCAUGGAGUACCCAAGAACUCAGCAGGCUUGUACAUCGUCAUGGCGGUGUUCCUAUCGGCAGCUUUGAAACCGACGAAGUGCUCAACGCUGCACAUGCAACCGAUGGAGCAGACACAUCAAAACCGAUCAUCAAAAAGAUCAAGCGCAGUCCGGUACACGCGCUCUUCAUGGACUGCACACACGACAAUGAGACUCCAGCCCAAAAACGUGAUGCUCGCGACACGCUUCCUACUGCAGCGCUCGUUGCCAUGUGUGACUGCGCAACUGGUAGUGUCUUUGGUUUUGACGAAGUCUACCCUGAGCUAAUUGAGCUUGUUCACGAGAAGAGGCUUUACUCCUCGGCCAACUCUACCGGCGCCCCCAUCAAACCACAAGCUGGCGAAGGUGGUAUUGGAGGUAUCCGCAAGAUCAUCAAUGAGAUCCACGUAAAAAUGGGUAAAGAGGAGUACAAUGAGACGUAUAUUCAUCACGACAAUGAAUACAUCACCGUCCACCGUGUCAACCCUCAUACCAGAAAAGGAUAUUUCCUGAUUGCUCAUACCGCAUUCCCAGGCUACAGUGACAGCAAUGGAGGGUUUGGCAAGACCAAGCUUCCAGGUACACAAGCAAAGCUCAUUGGGGCUUGGAAUCUGGAAGUUGACAACAGCGCGGAAACAAGAGCUAGUGUGAUUGGCGACAAGACAACACUGCGUGGCUUGCCGAGCAAGACAAACGACCUCGAGGGAGUCAAAAUCGAGCUGGCUGGUGAUGAGACGACAAUAAGUAUCCCCGAGAAGUUUCCUCCAGGCAGUAUCGCUCUUUUCGAAACCUGGGUACCAAGUGCCGAGCAUGCCGAUGGUCUAGACAAGUUCGUCACCAGCGGAGCAAAGGCGGCCUUCAGCGGCGUUAACUUGACUGAUCUGAACUACAUCUUAUACAGAUGCGAGGAAGAGGAACGUGAUGCCACAGACCAUAAAGACGGAACCUACAACAUUCCUGAACACGGGAAUCUUGUGUACGCUGGUCUGCAAGGAUGGUGGAGUGUGCUUCGUGACAUUGUCAAUGACAACAACCUUGGGCAUCCUCUUUGCAACCACCUUCGCGAAGGACAGUGGGCCCUUGACUAUUGUCUUGGCCGUUUACAAAAGAUCUCUGAGAAGAAGAGUUACGCCAACAUCAAAGGACCUGCCGAGUGGCUAGAGUCGAAGUUCGAUGCCAUCCGCAAAGUUCCCAACUUCAUGCUCCCGAGAUACUUUGCGCUAGUCAUUCAGACUGCAUACAAUGCUGCAGUGGAGCGCGCAAUCGAGUUGAUGGGCGAGAACGUUCGAGAGGGUAACCAAUUCCUCAAGAGCCUUGCGCUCGUCAGUUGCCAAGUCACUGGCUACAUGAACAGCGCGUCACUGUGGCCAGACAAGAGCGUGCCCAGCAUGGCUGCCGGUCUCCCUCAUUUCGCCUAUGACUGGGCACGAUGCUGGGGUCGCGACAUCACCAUUUCAGCCCGCGGUCUAUACAUGGGUACCGAAAGGUAUGAUGACGCCAAAGAGCACAUCUUUGCUUUCGCCAGUGUUCUGAAGCAUGGCAUGGUUCCCAAUCUUCUCGGUGGUGGUAAGAACCCACGCUACAACUCUCGUGACUCUGUCUGGUGGUUCCUCCAAAACAUCCAGGAUUACACGAAGAUUGUGCCAAACGGCAUGGAUAUCCUCCAAGAAAAAGUCAGGCGACGAUUCUUCCCGUACGAUGACACAUGGUUUGCGCACACUGACGAACGUGCGUACUCCAAGUCUUCUACUAUUGAAGAUGUCAUCCAGGAAGCCCUUCAAAGACACGCCUCGGGUAUAGAAUUCCGCGAGUACGACGCAGGUCCCAAUAUUGAUAGACAGAUGAAGUCGGAAGGCUUUGACAUCAAGAUAUGGACAGAUUGGGAGACGGGCUUGAUCUUUGGUGGCAACCAGUGGAACUGCGGUACAUGGAUGGACAAGAUGGGUGAGAGCGAAAAGGCUGGCAACAAGGGUGUUCCCGGAACGCCUCGAGACGGUGCCCCCGUUGAGAUUAUCGGUAUGCUGUACAGCACCGUACGCUGGUGCGCCAACAUGUACGCAGCAGGCCAAUUCCAGUACGAGGGAGUGAAAUUGGACGACGGCAAGAAGGUUACUUACAAGGAGUGGGCCGACUUGAUCAAGGCCAACUUUGAGCGGUGCUUCUACGUUCCUCACUCUGCUGAGGAAGAUGGAAACUACGACGUCAACCCCAGUAUCAUCAACCGCCGCGGAAUCUACAAGGACUUGUACCGGUCAGGCAAGGAGUACGAGGACUACCAAUUGAGGCCCAACUUCCCUGUCAUGCUGGUGGUUGCUCCGGACCUAUGCAAACCCGAGCAUGCUCUGAAUGCCCUUCAGAUGGCCGACAAAGUGCUCCUAGGACCUCAGGGCAUGAAGACGCUCGAUCCCUCUGACCUCAACUACCGGGGCUAUUACAUCAACAGCGAAGACUCCACGGACUUCCACACGUCAAAGGGCCGUAACUACCACCAGGGACCUGAAUGGCUCUGGCCUACAGGUUUCUUCCUACGUGCCAUGCUCAAGUUCGACCUUCAGCGCCGCAAGACACCCGAAGAGCGCAUCGAGAGCUACCAACAAGUCACGCGUCGUCUGGCCGGUUGCAUGAAGGCUAUUCAGGAAUCUCCUUGGGCUGGUCUGACGGAGCUGACGCAGAAGGACGGCGACUUCUGUGGCGACUCAUGUCCCACGCAGAGUUGGAGUGCCAGCUGCAUCAUCGAUUUGUUCCAGGAUGCGCGAGAGUACGAAAUGGCAGGGUCAAAUGGUGUUGGCAAGUAG